AUGACAGAGGCAGCUCCGGCGCGGGAGCGUUUAGUUCAGGGUCGGAGCCGGAGCCGGUGUGUGGAUGAUGAUAUGCGCGUUCGAUCGAGGUAAAGAUGAUACUCUUACGGCAGAUAGUUAUAUGAGUAUGUGCGCUGAUGACACGUUAUUCAAAAAAUAAUCAAGUUCAUUGUAUUUUGGCGCCAAUAGUAGUUUUAAAGAUCCUCUCAAAAUCCUGCUUUCGGUAAAGAUUUCAAAAUUUGUUUACGAAAAUAAAAUUAUAUAUGUACCGUAUAGAACAUAUUUUCUUUUUCUAUUAUCAAUUACACGAUCUGACACAAUAUUCUAAUGCGGAACUGUAUUCUAUGUGAGCUAUAUGCAUGAAUGAAUUUUUGUACAAGACAAGUGAUUUUUCGAACUUCCUUUAUGGUUUAUAGUUUUCCGGUUUUUCUCUUCGUAUUUAGCAUGAAAAACGGAAUAAGAAAACAUCAAUCCGAUAUCGUUCGCAUAUAACGGACACUGAAAAUUUUCGUGUCUAGUGAAGGUCGAGAAACUGGGCACUGUACCGAAUGUAAACCUUUCUAUAGUUUUUUUGAUUAACCGACUCCGUUUGCCUAAAAUCGAUAUGGGUAACAUUUUGAAAAGGCAAAUACAAGAAUUUAUAGCGCUUGGAAAUCUGUCGAAUAACGUAUUACUUCACAGUUUCUAAUAAACCGUUAGUUUGCAAAUAAAAGUGUAAGGCACCAAAGAGAUACUAAUUAGUAUUCAUUAGCAUGGUUAAUUAUAAGUUAUUGUCUUAAAAAAAGUUUUUAAAACUGUUUUCGUAAGACUAUAACAAUAGAUCAUGGGCUAUCAAACAAUGCAUGAAUGACUUUUCUAUUAUUAUUUACAAGUAGUUAGAAUUAUUUUAAUUAAAAUUAGACUUAAUUAAUUAAUAACUCUAUGAAUAGUUAUCAGUUCACCGAAAAAACUGAAAGAUAUAUGUAAUCAGGUGUUUUCUUCAAACUGACAUAGUUUGAGGGCACGUAUAGUGGAUGUGGACCCUCCUUAAACAUAUUAAACACUAAAAUAUUUUCUUACUACGGGUAGGUAAGAAGAGAGAGCGAGUUGGUGAAGCUGUCAAGAGUAUGAAAAUUUUUCACGUGCAUCUCAGACAGUAUUUCGGCGAAUCGAAUGGUGUAUAAUAAGUUGAAAUUCUCUUUUUUAUUCAUAAAGAUAUUGUCAUUUUAAUCUCACAGGACAUUUUUCUAGUAAAAGUGGUUUUUCUCAGGAACAACAAAAUAUUUUAAGCCUCAAAUUUGGGUAUAUGCUCUACGCCAUUGGAGAAAAAAACGAUAAGAAUAUCGCCGAGAAAAUUUGAAUGUUAACGGAGAUUUCGGAAAAAUAAAAUCAAAAAUCUCACGAGACAUUUAGUGUGCGAAGCUCGUUUUGGAAAAACAAUUGUCACUUUUUACAAUAAGAAGAACAUUUGUCUUUUACUUCUUUUUAUCAAAAUAAUUCUCAGACUGUGAACUAUCUUUUGGCUUUUUACGAUAAAGACUA